AUGCCGCAACACAACCGAGGAGAGAGAAGCAGAUCCAAUCCAAGGCGGACUCGAACCCAAUCCGAUCCGAUCCAAGGCGGAGAUGAAGUUCUUCUCGGCAUUCGACCCGUGGCCGGUGUUCUUUUGCCGAGAGUGGGGCCGCACCUGGCCCUUCCUCGCCGGAUUCGCCACCACGGGGGUCAUCAUCACCAAGAUCACCGACGGAUUCACCGAGGAGGACCUCAAGAACUCCAAGUUCGUCCAGGCGCACAAGAGCUCCAGGUGA